AUGUGGCGCUUGCUCUUGGCCCUGGCGGCCGUCAUCAACGCCGCAACCACCUCUCACGACGUCGUGCGGUCUUUCUCCGACCCACAAGCAGCCCCGAUGUCAUUGUUCAACCACCUGGUCGUCGACCGGAUCACCGGCCGCGUGUACAUCGGCGCCGUCAACAGGAUCUACCAGCUAUCCUCGGAUCUAGAGGUUGCGCAGUCAAUCGUCACCGGGCCCGUCAACGACUCUGCACUAUGCACCUUCGACUGCCCACCGAACUUCGUGAAGAAGCCUGCGGACAAUGUGAACAAGGCGCUUGUUAUAGAUUACGCCACCAGUCGUCUGAUAACGUGCGGCUCGGUGCUGCAGGGAUUAUGCUCGGUGCGGAAUUUGAAUAACAUUUCUCACGAUGUGCGUGAGGUCCGCGAACCAGUGGUCGCGAAUAACGCUAGCGCUUCAACAGUGGCUUUCAUCGCUCCCGGACCACCCAAUCCACCCAUGACACAGGUAAUGUACGUGGGUGUAACUUUUACGGGCAAUUCUCCCUAUCGUUCUGAAGUGCCCACCGUGAGCAGUCGCUCUUUAGAGGAUGAUCGACUCUUCAUGAUAGCCAGAACAGCAGUCACAACAGGCACUAGAGUGUUUGUUAAUUCUUUGAUGAGAGAACAAUACCCUAUAAACUAUGUAUACGGCUUCAGCUCCGAAGGCUUUAGUUAUUUUUUGACGACUCAGCUGCGUGGAGUCGGCUCCGAUACCUAUUACAGUAAAGUGGUUCGUGUAUGUCAUGAUGACGAAAACUAUUACUCUUACACCGAGAUACCGAUGUCGUGUACAGGAGAGGGUGGAGGCAACUUCGGCUACAAUCUUGUCCAGGCGGCCUUUGUAGGAAAAGCAGGCUCCAUGCUUGCUUCUGAACUCGGAAUAACAGCACAACACGAUGUUCUAUUCGCUGCUUUUAGUCAAAGCGAAUCAAUAAACACGAAUACGCCAUCCGAUUAUUCAGCACUUUGUGUUUACUCCCUCAAAGCUAUCAGGCGGAAAUUCAUGCAAAAUAUUAAGACCUGCUUCAGUGGAAAUGGCUCGCGUGGCCUGGACUUUAUUUCACCAUCUCACGCUUGUAUCGGUACGAAAUUACAAUCAAUAAGCGAAGAUUUCUGCGGGUUGGAUGUUAAUACGCCUUUAGGAGGCAAGCAGCCGGUAGAGGCAGUACCUGUGGCAAUAUUUAAAAGGAGACUGACAGCGGUAGUGGCGACGGUGACCGGAGACUAUACUGUAGUCUUCGCAGGCACAGCAGAGGGACAUCUCAAGAAGAUAGUCGUCGAAAGUGCCACUUCAGCGUUCGAGUAUGGAGACAUCGUAGUCGAUGAGCGCUCCCCAGUAAACAAAGACUUAUUCUUCGAUACUCAAUUAAUGCAUUUAUACGUAAUGACUGAGCGUAAAGUGUCCAAAGUGAAAGUUCAAGAGUGUAGCGUGUACAAAUCUUGUUUAACAUGCCUAGGCGCCAAAGACCCUUACUGUGGUUGGUGUUCCUUAGAGAAUAAGUGUAGCCUCCGAUCGGAUUGUCAGGACGCAGCUAAAGAUCCCCUGUAUUGGAUUUCGUAUCGCAGUGGACGGUGCACAACUAUUACUCAAGUAACACCGAAUCAAUUGCAACGAACGACCGCAAGGACUCUAGAUUUACAUAUAGAAAACUGGCCCACACUAAACGGACAGUUCUUUUGUGCAUUUACAGCUUUAGAUCGUACUCUUAUAACAAAUGCUACUAUGAAACCGUAUGGUGUAAAUUGUACAACGCCGCGUACUGACUCGUUGCCGCCCAUUCCUGCUGGUCAGCAUCAUUUCACAGCUAAACUGUCCGUGCGAACAACCCAGGGGCCUGAUUUUGUAGCGACGAAUUUCACUUUCUUUGACUGCAACACUUAUAGCUCUUGUACUCAGUGCGUAAGUUCGUUUUUCCCUUGUGAUUGGUGCGUAGACGGUCACCGUUGCACCCAUGACACGGCGGAAAAUUGUCGAAACGACAUUCUCGUAACCGGUGUCAGUAGAAUGGGCCCUAGCUAUCGCUCCGGUCCCGGUUUUUGUCCAACGAUUAAUUCUACUUCCGACGGUACAAACGAAAUUCUAGUCCCAUCCGGCGUUAAAAAAGGCAAUAAAAGUAAAAGUUCAUAUAAUAGGCCAAUUUAUAGUCCAAACGAGGUUCGUAUGCCAGUUUAA